CAGGAGUCUUCCUUUCCAUGUAGGAAGAAUCAUUCUACCUCUUCCCCUCCUCAUGGCUUAUCUGGGAGCCCAUUUUGCCUUUAGAUCCCGUUGGCAAAAGACAGAUGAUGAGCUGUGUCGGCACAGCAUGUCCUUCAUCCUUCACAGGGCAAUCCGCAAUGACUUCUUUCAGAGUUAUCUCUAUCUCCUGGAAAAACUUUCUCUGGUGAAACUCUAUGCUUUAACAAGCCAAGUCAUCAAUGGUGAGAUGCAGUUCUAUGCCAGAGCAAAGCUUUUCUACAGUGAAGUUCCAGCAACAGAAGAGGGAAUGAUGGGAGACUACAUUGAACUGUCUAACACAGAUAUCCAGGCCUCCCGGGAAUUUCUUCGGAAGCUUGUCGGGGGUCCUGGGAAAGCAGGUACUGACUGUGCCUUGGACUGUGGUUCUGGGAUAGGAAGGGUCAGCAAACAUGUCUUGCUGCCGGUUUUCAACAGUGUGGAACUGGUGGACAUGAUGGAAGCCUUCUUGGCUGAAGCCCAGAAUUACCUACAGGCUAAAGGCAACCAAGUGACAACAUAUUACCGCUAUGGUCUUCAGGAAUUCACGCCGGCUCUCAGAAAAUACGAUGUCAUUUGGAUUCAGUGGGUUUCUGGGAACCUGACUGACAAAGAUCUCCUUGAGUUUCUUUCCCGCUGCUGUGAAGGCCUGAGAGAGAAUGGCAUCAUCAUUUUGAAGGACAACGUGGCCCGUCAGGGUUGCAUCUUUGACUCAUCUGAUAGCAGCGUCAUCCGGGACAUGGACAUCCUCCGGAGUCUCAUCCACAAGAGUGGGCUGGUAGUUCUGCGGGAGGAGAAACAAGAGGGCUUUCCAGAGCAAUGUGUCCCAGUGUGGAUGUUGGCCCUGUGUAGAAAGGAGGAAACUAAAGCCAUGAGAAAGGAAAUGACUUGCAGAUCCUACAGAUAAAAAGUAGCAGAACUGAUGUUCACUUGGACUGACUUCUGGUGGUGUAAUAAGCAGAGGGAAUUGAAGAGGUAGAAAAAAAGAUUGUUUAUGAGCAAACUUGUGAAUUGAAUUAUCUGGAAUCAUUUUAGUGUUUGGCUUGAUGUAAAUGAUAAUUUUGAUUAAACAUUUAAAAUUGAACAGUUUUGGAUGCUA